GGCUACCUUUGCAGAUUCACGGUACCAGACUGGAACCGGUGCGGGGACUUCGAAGGCCGCGACCACUCCGCGCGCGGGGACCGGAGCUCGCGGCCGCCCGCCGGUUGAGGUCGGGUGGCCGGUGCGCUCAGGGAUCUCGCUCCCUGCGGACGCCCGGCUACCGGCAGCAUGGAGCCCGCGCGCUCUGCUGUCGGACUCAGCGUCCGGGAAGCUGUGCACACCCUUCAGUCUUCUGAGGACGGCGGCCGCGUCCUCUCCGUCUUGGGGUCCCUGCGGCGCUAUCUGCGCGGAGCAGAGGAGCCCGCGCUGCCCGACGAGCAGGAGGAAUUCGCCGCCAAGCACUUCGCCACCGUGCUGCGCUGUCUGGUCGGCAGGCUGAGCCCGCGUUGGCUGCAGCUGUCACCCGGCGGUCGGCUGGAGCAGCUCUGGGGCAGCUUCUUCCUGGAGGGCCCUGCUGACCAGGCCUUCCUGGUGCUGAUGGAGGCCAUCGAGGGCACUGUCGGUCCUAGCUUCCAUCUGAUGAAGAUGGCACAGCUGCUGGCCAGGUUUCUGAGUGAGGGCAGGAUGGCGGCCCUGAUGGAGGAGCAGUGCCGGCCACAGACGAAGCCUGGCUUCCCCCUACUCCAGGAGACACUGCUCAGCAAGGUGGUGAGCUUACCUGACCACCUGGGUAACCGUCUGCACCAGGACAACCUGGCUCAGUUCUUCCCCCAGAACUACUUCCCUCUGCUGGGUGAGGAGGCUGUGCGGGUGCUGCAGGCAGUGGUGGACUCUCUCAGAGGUGGCCUGCACUGCUCUGUCUCCUUUGUGUCUCGAGUCCUGGGGAAAGUGUGCAUCCAGGGGAGACACAAGGAGAUCCUGGGCAGGUUGGUGCCCCAGCUGACAGCACUCACCCAGGGCAGCUGCCUGUGGCAGCGGGUCUGCUGGCGCCUAGUGGAGCAAGUGCCGGACGGGGCCAUGGAGGCUGUGCUUGCAGGGUUGGUGGAGGCCGCUCCAGGGCCUGAGGUCCUCUCGCGACUACUGGGGAACCUGGUGGUGAAGAAUAAGAAAGCCCAGUUUGUGAUGACCCGGAAGCUUCUGUUCUUGCAGUACCGGUGCACGACACACAUGCUGCAGAGCCUGCUGGGGUAUCUAGCCAUGGACAACCAGCGGCGUCCACUCCUGAUACAGGUACUGCGGGAGCUGCUGGAGACGUGGGGCAGCAGAAGUGCUGUCCGACACACGCCCCUGGCACAGCAGCGCUACAUCAGCACGGCGGUGCUCAUCUGCCUGGCACACCUUGGGGAGCCAGAGCUGCGGGACAGUCGGGAAGAGUUGCUGGCCAGCAUGAUGGCAGGUGUGAAGUGCCGCCUGGAUAGCAGCCUACCUGCCGUGCGCCGCCUAGGCAUGAUCGUCGCUGAGGUCAUCAGUGCCCGGAUCCACCCUGAGGGGCCUCCACUGAGAUUCCAGUAUGAGGAUGAUGAACUGAGCCGUGAGAUGCUGGCCUUGGCUACCCCCCGGCCUGCUGGAGACAGCUCCUUGGAGGCUGGAGGCUCAUCACUGGACCCAGGUGUGGCAGAGACCCCUGCAGAGAUCGUAGAGGGUAGUGUGCCUGCAGCUGGACUGCAGGGCUCUGACUCGGAGCUGGACAGCGACGAUGAGUUCGUCCCCUAUGAUAUGUCAGGGGACAAAGAGCUGAAGAGCAGCAAGGCGCCUCAGUACGUGCGGGACUGCAUGGAAGCACUGACCACAUUUGAGGGUAAGGAUAUGGAGCGCUGGGAGGCUGCCCUGCAGGCCUUGGAGGGCCUAAUCCACAGGAACCCUGAGGCCACACGGGAGGUGAGUGUGGAGCUGGCCAAGGUGCUGCUGCACCUGGAGGAGAGGACCUGUGUGGCCGGAUUUGAGAAGCUGCGCCAGAGAGCCCUUGUGGCUGUCACAGUCACAGACCCGGCCAGGGUCGCUGAGCACCUGACCUCACAGUUCUAUGCCCUGAACUACAGCCUUCGGCAGCGCAUGGACAUCCUGGACGUCCUGACUCUGGCUGCCCAGGAGCUGUCCCGGCCAGGGCGCCUUGGGAGGUCUCCCCAACACAGCUCCCUGGGCCCUGGCACCCAGAGCUCACCAGCACUGCCUGCCUCUCAGUCUGGCAGUGCCAUGGCUCCUGACUGGAGGGUGGUGGUGGAAAAUCGGAUCAGAAGCAAGACCCGGCGCUUUUCCAAGGGCGCUCCCCGGCAGGAACCAGCAGGUGGCCCCAAUGAGUUCGCCUCGGUGGCUGGCUGCUUCUUUUUCCCCCUCAUUCAGCACUUUGACAGGCCUCUGGUGACUUUCGACCUUUUGGGAGAUGACCAGUUGGUUCUCGGGAGACUGACCCAUACCUUGGGGGCCUUGAUGUACCUGGCGGUCAACACCACAGUGGCUGUACCCAUGGGUAAAGCCCUGCUGGAAUUUGUAUGGGCCCUUCGCUUCCAUGUGGACACCUAUGUGCGCCAGGGCCUGCUGUCUGCAGUCUCCUCUGUCCUCCUCAGCGUACCUGCAGAGCGACUACUAGAGGACCUGCCAGACGAACUGCUGGAAGCUAGAUCCUGGCUGGCAGGGGAGUCUGUUACUUCACAAGAGUUCCAGAUCCAAAAAGGUCGUCAGGUAGCGGAGCGAGUGCUGGGAGCCUGCACCCAGGUUCACAGACGUGGCUGAGAAGGACGUGGACGAGGACUGCAGGGUGCUGGCCGUGAGAGCGCUGCUGCUUCUGGAGCGACUCAGAGACAGACUCCUGCCCCUUCCCUCUUAGUCCUGGCUGGACCCUGGACAUUCCUGCUUGGUGGGAGGAAGGCCUCAAGGAGCAGAGCCCCAGUAACAUCUGGACUUGCAGCAUGGCCAGGUUUGGAGGGCCAUGCAGGAAGGCUGGCCACUGACCCCUACUGUCAUAGCCUAGCAAGGCUGAGUGUUCAGCUAAAAGUAUGAGGGCCUCACCCUGGCCCCACAGGCAGAGCAACCCAAGUGCUGGCCUGCAGCUCCCAGUGGGCCCUGUGGUCAGGGAAUGCCAGGAGCAGGAAAGGAGGCCACUGCUCAGAGCCCAGCAGCAAAGCAGGGUUGACCCUUUGGGCCCUGUGGCUCAGUGCUGUCCCAGGAGAAUAAAUAGGGCAGUAGGUGUCACCAGUCUUCCUUUGUGGUUUUCAGUGAGCAGGGACUUCAAUUCCUAGAGGACUGUGAGGGGCAGCCUUGAAAAUGGGGUACAUUGUGAGGCAAGGAUGGGCAGAAGGGGCCUAGGCCUCUUGAGAAAGUAGCCUUUAUUAGAGUCGUAGGGGUGUCAGCAUCUGGUGGUAGCUGUGACUGUCAGGACUUGGGCCUGGCCACAGUGGUCCCUGCUGAGAACUGACCAGUAGCCAUCUGUGGGUGUGAUUAGCAGUGAUGGGCCAUCCCCAAGACCCAGUGCAGCCUCAGUGCACCAAGUUCUACAAGUUUCUUGCACUGCACAAUUGGUAGUUGAGAGAACCUGGGAAAGCUGAAUUCAAUUCCCUGUAAAAGGAAUUAAACCAAAACUCCACAGGAGCUGCCAAGUACCCAGAAUCAAGAUCUCUGAAGGGAAGGCACAGCGAUACAGGCAGUCUUCUGACACUGCGGGCUGGGCCCCGUGUCCUAUAGCCCUGCUGACUUGCUAGGAUAUGAACAGUGUUUUUUCCCUGUACGAGAGAGACGACUUUGCUAUUACUGGACACUGGAAAAUUCCAGAAGAAACUUGCUCAGCAGGACACUGGCUAAUGGCAAAGGCCUAUCAGGGGUCAUUUUCCACCUCUUCUACCACCUCCUCAUGGUCCUCCAUGCUGUUGUGGCGCAUCCGCUCCGGCACCAUGCGUGUCAGAGGGAGGCCCAGGCCCUGAUGCACAGCGUCCACAGUCUGCUGGUCCACGUAGUAGGACAUGUUGGCAGAAGGAAGUCUCUUGCGCAUCUCCUCGAGGUACCUGUAGGCCUAGGGCAGAGGGAACAGCUGUUACUUAAAGGUGGACACAACCAUCGUGUGAGAACCAAGGGAGCCAUCUCGUGUAUUCACUGUAACGAGGAUACCUCAACGUGAGGUGCCCACUGCCCCAGGGGCUGUAAGCAGGGAAGCAAGCCUUCUGAGGCUUCUGGCAUUUACGGGGGCACGUGGUGUCCACGAUGGGGCAUAUUUCAGGCUGUAGCCAGUACGAACAACUGAAAACAGAACCCCUGAGAGUCCUCUGGUGGCCCAUGUGCAAGAAUGUGGUCUGAGUUCCAGAGCCAUGUUCCCUCUAAAACUGCUUACCCUGGAUGGCAUGUGGACCUGCUAAGGAAAGGGUGGAUUCUGUUCCCAUCCACUCCAGCACAUGUGCUUGCUGGAAUGCAGGGCAGACUUUAUUUAUUUCAAUCAAGUAUAAAAUUUAUCUCAAUUCUC